AUGGCGGCAAAGAUAAUAGCGAACCUCAUAGUGCUGGGCUCAGGCAUUGUCAUCCGGGCCUUCACUCAGGCAUACCAGCAAGCACUGACUAAUGCGUCUCGCAGUGGGGUGGCGCAAGAAGCAGCAGCAACGGCAUCGCGGCGGCUAUCAAAAGUGAUGUCAAUUCAGGAGGCACGGAUGAUUUUGGGGGUCACUGAGGAGACGCCCUGGGAGCAAGUGCUGGAGAAGUACCAGCGGUUAUUUGAGCGCAAUGAGAAGAUGGGAUCAUUCUAUGUUCAAAGCAAGGUGCAGAGGGCCAAAGAAUGCUUAGAAGCAGCUAAACAACAAGGAGAUCAACUCUCCUAG